UUUAAUCAGUCCGUGAGCAACGAGCUGAACAUUGGUGUAGGUACUUCCUUCUGUUUCUGUACCGAUGGACAGUUGCACAUUAGGCAGGUUCUGCACCCUGAAGCUUCCAAAAAGAAUAUCUUACUGCCUGAAUGCUUCUACUCCUUUUUUGACUUGCGGAAAGAGUUCAAGAAGUGUUGCCCUGGCUCACCUGACGUUAGCAAACUCGAUGUUGUGACCAUGACAGAAUAUUUAAAUCUUGACAAGAGCAGUCCAGCGUUUCCGUAUGGAGCCUCUCAAGUUGAAGAUAUGGGCAAUGUUAUUUUAACACUAAUAUCUGAACCAUACAAUCACAGAUUUUCAGAUCCAGAAAGAGUGAACUACAAAUUUGAAAGUGGGCCUUGCAGCAAGAUGGAACUUGUGGAUGACAAUGCUGUUAUCCGAGCAAGAGGAUUGCCGUGGCAGUCAUCUGACCAGGACAUAGCAAGAUUCUUCAAAGGCCUGAAUAUUGCCAAGGGAGGUGCUGCGCUCUGUCUCAAUGCCCAAGGUAGGAGGAAUGGGGAGGCUCUUGUGAGGUUCGUAAGCGAAGAGCAUAGAGAUCUGGCACUACAAAGGCACAAGCAUCACAUGGGGAAUCGAUACAUUGAGGUAUACAAGGCAACAGGUGAAGACUUCCUUAAAAUCGCAGGAGGCACUUCCAAUGAGGUUGCACAGUUCUUGUCAAAAGAAAACCAAGUGAUUGUCAGGAUGCGAGGUCUUCCUUUCAACGUAACAACAGAAGAAGUGCUGACGUUCUUUGGCCAGCACUGCCCUGUAACAGGAGGAAAGGAGGGAGUCCUGUUUGUCACCUACCCUGACAGCAGGCCAACAGGGGAUGCCUUUGUGUUGUUUGCUUGUGAGGAAUAUGCACAAAAUGCACUGAAAAAGCAUAAGAACUUGCUGGGGAAAAGGUACAUUGAACUCUUCAGGAGCACUGCAGCAGAAGUUGCACAGGUGCUGAACAGGUACUCUUCCAUGCCUCUCAUUCCUCUCCCGACACCUCCUAUUCUGCCAGUAUUACCUCAACAAUUUGUGCCUCCCACUAAUGUCAGAGACUGCAUACGUUUGCGUGGUCUUCCCUAUGCUGCUACUAUAGAGGACAUCCUAGAGUUCCUGGGAGAGUUUUCUACAGAUAUUCGGACCCAUGGGGUUCAUAUGGUACUGAAUCACCAGGGACGUCCAUCGGGAGAUGCUUUUAUUCAGAUGAAAUCUGCAGACCGAGCUUUUCUGGCUGCGCAGAAGUGUCAUAAGAAGACUAUGAAGGACAGAUAUGUUGAAGUCUUUCAAUGUUCUGCUGAGGAGAUGAACUUUGUAUUAAUGGGGGGCACUUUAAAUCGAAAUGGCUUGUCCCCGCCACCAUGCCUUUCACCCCCUUCCUACUCCUUUCCGGCUCCUGCUGCAGUUGUGCCAACAGAAGCUGCUCUGUAUCAGCCAUCCAUGCUCCUGAACCCACGAACACUCCAGCCCUCCACAGCGUACUACCCUGCUGGGGCUCAGCUCUUCAUGAACUACACAGCAUACUACCCCAGUCAUGAGGUCUUGGCAAGAGCCAUGUUCCCUUAUGCAGCAGAGGAUGGACUUGUACACACAAAUGAUCCGGCCAGGACAGUGUCCAAAGAAUGGAUUUGCAUUUAA